AUGUCUGCUGGGAUUAACGUCCCUGAGGAGCAGCCUUUGCUGUCCAACUCGAAACCGCCAAGUUAUCAAGAUAGUCCCCAAGAAAGCUUACGUCGCGGUCGCACUCAGGAUGAAGAGACGCUUACCUUGAUAGACGAGACCAGCGAUUCCCCGAAAGAGCCGUGGACCAGAACGCAAAUAACUGUCUAUAGCGUUCUGACACUGCUAGGAUUGUUUAUAUUGGCCAUAUUCAUCAAGGGUUUUAUUGACGCUGAUGAUGUUGAGUUUGACUUCGGCAAAGCGUUUAAGAGUGCGCUAGGAGGAGGAUUAAGCGGUGCUGCAGCCAUGGUGCUCCAGGUCUUGGCGCUCAUGCCUCUGCGCACGAUCAUGAAUUACCAAUACCGAUACGGCGCAACGACGACGCAGGCUACCAAAAUUUUAUACGCUGACGGUGGAUGGACGCGGUAUUACCAAGGCCUCACCGCAGCCCUGGUUCAAGGGCCAGUGUCCCGCUUUGGCGACACCGCUGCUAAUGUUGGCAUCCUUGCCCUCCUGCAAAGUAAUUCAUACAUGAAAACCUUGCCCACGCCUGUAAAGACAGUCUUCGCGAGUGUCGCUGCGGCUUGUUUCAGGAUGACGUUGACCCCAGUUGACACCAUUAAGACUACCAUGCAGACGCAGGGUAAAGAAGGCAUCGCCCUGCUGAGAGCUAGGGUCAAGAAGUAUGGCAUUGGCAGCCUGUGGUACGGCGCUAUUGCGACCGCCGCUGCCACGUUCGUCGGUCACUACCCAUGGUUCGGGACAUACAACUAUCUCGACGCAGUCCUCCCACUUCCAGUGACUCUACCGCAGAAACUACUUCGUUCUGGCAUAAUCGGCUUUGCAGCAUCCAUCGCCUCUGACACCAUCUCCAAUUCUCUUCGUGUGCUGAAGACUUACAGACAAGUCAACGCUACCCGGAUUGGGUAUACCGAUGCUGCUCGCGCCGUCAUCGCAGAAGACGGCCUAAGGGGCCUGUUCGGACGAGGCCUAAAGACCCGGAUCUUGGCGAACGGCCUCCAAGGAAUUAUGUUUUCAGUGUUGUGGAAGUUAUUUUUGGAUAUGUGGAAUGAGAAGACAAAUUAGAUAUGGUCAGGUGCAAUCCAUACGACGAAGCACCUGCACGACUUAUUAUUACCCCGGAUACCGGAUCGCUGAACUCCGAUACCCUGGGUUGUUCUUGAUCCUGCCGAGAGCUUGGACUGUGGGCGUUGAUCUGGUGAUACCUUCAUAUGCAGAACGUGUCUGACACUUGGAUUCCGGAGGAAUGUAUGACAUUGACAUUUACACGAGAGAUAACUUG